AUGGUUUCUGACUCCCUGAAACCAUCGGCGGCUAUGGCAGCGGGCGCAGCGGGCGGUCGAGGCUCCGGGCCAGGGUGCUGGCCCCAUGUUGUGCCCGGGACCUGGGGGGAGCCGGAGGGGGCCCCGGCCGACGCAGGGGACUAUGGGAACGGGCUGGAGACGGAGGAGCUGGAGCCCGAGGACUGGCUGCCGGAGCCGGAGCCGGAGCCGGAGCCGGAGCCGGAGCCGCUGCCCCGGCCCCGGCCCCGUGCUCCCCCAGGAGUUCCCGGCAUUCAAGAGGAGGAGGAAGAGCCAGGCCUGCUUCAGGGCGACCCGGGGCACGGCGCUAUAGAGGACCCGGAGCUGGAGGCCAUCAAAGCCCGAGUAAGGGAGAUGGAGGAAGAGGCAGAGAAAUUGAAGGAGCUUCAGAAGGAGGUGGAGAAACAGAUGAACAGGAGCCCACCGCCAGGCAAUGCUGGCCCCGGGAUCAUGUCCAUUGAGGAGAAGAUGGAGCCUGAUGUCCGGUCCAUCUAUGUGGGCAGUGUUAACUAUGGUGCCACAGCAGAAGAGCUGGAGGCACACUUCCAUGGUUGUGGUUCAGUUCAUCGAGUUACCAUCCUUUGGGACAAGUUCAGUGGCCAUCCUAAAGGGUUUGCAUAUAUAGAAUUUUCAGAUAAAGCUUCGGUGAGGACGUCAAUGGCCUUGGACGAUUCUCUUUUCAGAGGACGACAGAUCAAAGUGACACCAAAACGGACCAAUCGGCCGGGGAUCAGCACCACAGGUCGGGGUUUUCCGCCUGCUCGCUAUCAUCAUGCUAGAGCUACUAACUACAGUAGUUCACGAUCUGGAUUCUAUAGUGGCUUCAACAGCAGACCCCGGGGAAGAGUCUACAGGGCCCGGGCUAGAGCGACGUCAUGGUAUUCCCCUUACUAA